CGCUUUUUUCAUCGGGUUUGGAUUCGACUACUACUAGAUUUCUACACUUUCAAUCAGCUUGUGCAUUCUGAUUUCCAUUGAGGGCUGGGUUGUGCAUACUUACACAGUACUUACCUCCUACUACCAACCAACCACCCCAACAUCAUAUCACACACAACACAUCAUCUUAUCUGAUCUACCUUGACAUCACCACCGCCCAAAAUGUCCACCACAACCAAACUCUUCCAACCCCUCCGAGUAGGCCAAAUGCACCUCUCGCACCGCCUCGCCAUGGCGCCUAUGACGCGCUUCCGCGCCGACGACGCCCACGUCCCCCUCGACAUGGUGGUCGAGCACUACGCGCAACGCGCCGCCGUGGCGGGCACCCUCCUGAUUACCGAAGCGACGCUCAUCACCCCGCAAGCCGGAAGCUACCGCAACGUGCCGGGGAUCUGGUCGGAGGCGCAGAUCGCCGCCUGGCGGAAGGUGACGGAGGCGGUGCACGCGCGGGGGUCGCACGUCUACAUGCAGCUGUGGGCUCUGGGCCGCACCGCCGACCCGUCCGCCCUGCAGGAGGAGGGCGGGUAUGACCUGGUCUCCGCCAGCGCGAUCCCGCACUCGCCCGGAGCGCCUGUCCCGCGGCCGCUCACCGAGGCAGAGAUCCAGCAGUACAUUCAGGACUACGCGCAGGCCGCCCGGAACGCGAUUGCGGCGGGAUUCGAUGGGGUGGAGAUCCACGGAGCCAACGGGUAUCUGAUCGAUCAGUUUACCCAGGAUGUCUCGAAUCAGCGGGAGGAUGGCUGGGGCGGGAGUGUGGAGAAGCGGGCGCGGUUCGCGCUGGAGAUCAUCCAGGCCGUCGUGGAGGCGGUGGGCGCGGACCGCACGGCGAUUCGGUACUCGCCCUUCAGUACCUUUCAGGGCAUGCGGAUGAAGGAUCCCCGGCCGCAGUUUGCGUAUUUGGCCAGGAAGACGGCGGAGUUCGGGUUGAGCUAUGUGCAUGUGGUGGAGCCGCGCAUCCAGGGCAACACCGAUGGCGACUGUGAUGUGCAGGAUAGCUUGGAUUUCUUCUUCGAGGCCUACGGAAAGAAGGCCGGUGCGUUGAUGACCGCCGGCGGGUUCGAUGCGGAGUCCGCGAAGAAGGCGGUCGAUGUCGACUACAAGGAGUACGAUGUGCUCGUGGGUAUCGGCCGCCCCUGGACCGCGAACCCGGAGCUGCCGUUCAAGAUCCAGCGCGGCAUCCCCCUGCGCCCCUACCAGCGCGAGGUCUUCUAUCUCCCCAAGGACCCCAAGGGGUAUAUCGAUUAUGACUACAGCGAGGAAUUCAAGGCUGCGGGGGUCACCGAGGUGGCUGCCUAGGCUUUUUCAGGGUCUGUAUUUUUUACUUAUCGUGUAUAUAGCGUUUCUGUUUGUGGCGUUGGCAGGAUGAUUGCAUUGCCUAGAUCUAUUAUUAGACAAAAGACUUACUUAUUUGCUUAAUUUAAGGUGACCCCGCUUUUCUGGG